UAUUUAUACUAUUUUGUAACCGGUAACCAGUCUGAGCUGCGCCUGAGUCUCGAGAGCUAGUGCCACUUUGUAUUCCAUCUAAAAUAAGUACAAUGAAUCCUCUGCGCCGUGUUGGCACCAAGGUGUUGGAGCAAUGGAGGGCGCCUGUUGCUGUAGCCGCCAAGGCAAAGUACAGCACAGAAACUCCAAGACCACUGACUAUGCUGACUGAUGAUGAACUGGCGAUGAAGGAAACGAUAAGAAAACUAGCCACUGAUCAAAUCGCGCCUUUGGUCAGGAAAAUGGACGACGAACACAAAAUAGACGACGGGAUCAGACAGAUGCUCUUCGACAAUGGUUUAAUGGGUAUAGAGACUCCGGCUGAAUACAGCGGUUCUGGCUGUGGUUUCCUCACCAUGAUGUUGGUGGUAGAAGAACUGUCACGGGUGGACCCAUCAGUAGCCGCAUAUGUGGAUAUCCACAACACUCUAGUCAACUCCCUCUUCAUGAAAGUAGGAACAGAAGAACAGAAGAAGAAAUACCUGACAAAGUUGUGUACAGAAUACGCAGGCAGCUUCUGUCUGACGGAACCCACGUCGGGCUCCGAUGCUUUCUCCCUCAAGACGGUGGCCAAGAAGGACGGCAACCACUACGUCAUCAACGGCUCCAAGAUGUGGAUCUCAAACUCGGACGUCGCUGGAGUCUUCCUGGUUAUGGCGAAUGCUGACCCCUCCAAGGGCUACAAAGGCAUUACCACCUUCAUCGUUGAGCGCGACACUCCCGGUCUAAGCGUGGCCAAACCGGAGAACAAACUGGGUAUCCGAGCCUCGGGCACUUGCAUGGUCCACUUUGACAACGUCAGGGUACCGGAAGAGAAUAUACUGGGAGAAUAUGGACAUGGCUACAAAUACGCAGCCGGUUUCCUCAACGAGGGUCGUAUCGGUAUCGCGGCGCAGAUGGUCGGUCUCUGCCAGGGCUGCAUGGACGCCACCAUCCCCUAUACCCUCGAGAGGAAGCAGUUCGGCAACAAAAUUUAUGCUUAUCAGGGAAUCAGCUACCAGAUCGCUCACCUGCAAACGCAGUUGGAAGCCGCUCGCCUGCUCAUGUACAACGCGGCCAGACUCAAGGAGCACGGCAUGCCGUUUGUCAAGGAGGCGGCCAUGGCGAAAUAUUACGCGUCAGAAAUCGCACAGACCCUAACAUCAAAAUGCAUAGACUUCAUGGGCGGCGUUGGAUUCACAAGAGACUUCCCCCAGGAGAAAUUCUUCCGAGACGCCAAGAUAGGUACCAUCUAUGAGGGUACCAGCAACAUGCAGCUACAGACCAUUGCCAAACUCAUCGAGAAGGAGUAUACACAAUAAGUUAAAAUGUAUUAUGUUUGUUAAAAUAAAAUAUUUUUACAUAUU